AUGUUUUUGUUCUGGCUGUUAGCGUUUCCUUCUUUUUAUUUAAUUCAAGCGGAGAAAAGCGAUGCAGUCUGUGAAACGGACAAAGUCGCUUCAGCUUGGUUCACUGGCUGGCAUGCCGACGAGGGCCUUGAUGUCAAUGACAUUCUCUGGUCAAAGUACACCGAGAUAACCUUUGCGUUUGCACAACGCCAGACGUUAAUGUCGUCUCUUUCAAUGGAUCAGGUUCCCAGAACUUUCCCCAGCGAGCAAAUUCUUCUCGGUGUCACAGCCUAUGGGCAUAGUUUCGGUGUACCCAAAGUUGAUGCAUUCUCCAAGACUUCGGAUACGCUCGCUCUAUACGCACCUUUCGGCUCCUCCGUCCAUCCCGGGGCUGUGUCAAUGUUUGUGGCGCUGAUACUACGACAGGGGGAGCCGUCAACUUUUCGGGACUUGUUGAGCAAGCCCUUUAUCUACAACACCACUACUCAAGUGAUGAUUUCCUACGACGGCGGCGAGUCUUUUGCGGCUAAAGGACAGUUUAUCGCAGACAUGGGGCUGGCUGGCUUUGCUGUGUGGGAAGCAGGAGGCGAAUAUCACAACAUUCUGCUGGAUUCUGCUCGUGGACAAUUAUUUGCAUAG